UUCGCCCUCACGUUUGAGUACUGCAAGACAGCUCCUGGUCUCAGAGUAAGAACUACAAUUCCCACAAUGCCCCAGGCCAACAGCUCGCACCGGGUCACGUGGGAGUAACCACGCCGGAAAGCGUCCUCCACAAUCCUUUGCGGCCGUCCAUGAUGGCGGCGCCCAGUGGCCCCUUGAGCGACGCAGAGAGCAGCAGCAGCAGCAGCAGCAGCGAUGGAGAGGAGUUGGCGCGGUGCCGCGAGGCGGCGAUGCCAGCCUGGGGCCUGGAGCAGCACCCGCGGGGAGCAGAGAAACCAAGAGCUGAUGCUGCAGGUAACCAGUUGCCAACCUGUCGGCCAAGCCUCAGGUACUGUGGGCUUUGGGUAGCAGCUUCAUGCAUUCAGGAAGUAACACGCUUUUGUGUGUGUUGUAGACACAAGGUGGAUGAGCACGAGCAAGAUGGCAAUGAGCUGCAGACUACCCCUGAGUUCCGAGCCCACGUAGCCAAGAAAUUGGGAGCCCUGCUGGACAGCUCCAUUACCAUCUCAGAAGUGGUGACAGAGCCCAGGAAAGCUGAGAGGCAGAAAGUGGCCCGGGAGGAUGAUGGCUUCCGCCUCUUCUUCACAUCCGUCCCUGGAGGCCCUGAGGAAGAAGCUUCUCCCCGACCCCAAAAGCGAAGACCCCCCAGCUCCAGCAGCGAGGACAGCGAUGAAGAGUGGCAGCGGUGCCAGGAGGCAGCCGUGUCCGUGUCAGACAUUCUCCGGGAGUCCGCCAUCCACGGCCCUGUCAAGGCGGAGGAGGAGUCCAAGCAGAAGAAAAGGAAGUUGAAAAAGAAAGCCACAAUGGUGGCCAACAGUGACUGGGCCGUGGCCACCACCCCCACCAGUGGGCCCCAAGGCCAAAAGCAGGAAAAGGAAUCAGGCAAGGCCAAUGGGGACCAGGUGGCACUUGAGACCCAAAAGAAGAAAAAGGCCAAGAAGAAAAAGGCCAAGUCUUCCCCAUGCCCAGCAAACUGACCCCACGCUGCAGGUGCCGCCGCCACCAGCUGCAAGGACCUGGCACCCCUGGAGGAGGAGGCAUCUCCAGGCCACGCCUCCCUCCAAGGUCCAGGCCGGGACCUGCCGCUGCCACUCCACAAGGUCCCAAUUGUGACUAUGGUCUGUGCAAAGUCCCCAUAAAGACAUGGGAAAGAGAUGCCUCAGGAAGACCUGUGCUUCUACGACAUUCCAGGCCAAGUGGUAAAGCAUCCAAUAUCGUCUGAGGGGAACAAAGUAAAGGAAGACCUCUCUUCUCCCAGGCCUCCUCAGCCUGGUGUGGAAAAGACCCAGAGAAACUUCCGUACAUCUCCCUCAGCCACACACAUUUGAAAAGACAUUGCCUGGGAAAAAGAGAGCUUUUCUUCCUUUCCCCAGUUUUUCAGAAUAUCCUUUUUCUAUAUGUAUGAAUACGCAGAAUGUGUCUAAGCCAAUUAGCUUUUCAGAACUGGUCUGAGGGGUGGGAGGUAGCUCAGGGGUACAAGGCCCUGGUUCAACCAAUAACAUCAGGGGAUGACAAAGAAAGAGAAAGUAAAUUGUGAGAGAUUAGAAUGACUUGGAUGCUGCCUUCCUGUCAAUGC